GAUGGUGGCACUACAUUCCAGCUAUGUCUAUCCACAAUAGGACGCAGUCACAUUCACUUCCUGUGUUCAGAAGCGCGUUGAGUGAACAGGAGCUGUUUUUGAUCUAAACAUGGAUAUUAGACCCAACCACACCAUUUACAUCAACAAUGUAAAUGAUAAAAUUAAGAAAGAUGAACUGAAGCGCUCACUCUAUGCCCUAUUCUCCCAGUUUGGGCAAAUUGUGGACAUUGUUGCUAUGAAAACAAUAAAGAUGCGAGGACAGGCGUUUGUUGUUUUUAAAGAGCUUGCUGCGUCUACAAAUGCACUCAGGCAACUUCAGGGUUUCCCUUUCUACAAUAAGCCCAUGCGCAUACAGUAUGCCAAAACAGACUCAGAGGUCAUCUCCAAAAUGAGAGGCACUUACAGCGACAAAGAGAAGAAAAAGGAGAAGAAAAAGAAGGCUCAAGAGCAAGUUGCCAACGUAACAAAGAAGCCAGCACUGGGAUCUAAUACACAGCCUAACACACAAGUAACCACACAGGUUCCAGACAAUCCACCCAACUACAUUUUAUUCCUCAACAACCUGCCUGAAGAAACAAAUGAAAUGAUGCUGUCUAUGUUGUUUAAUCAGUUCCCUGGUUUUAAAGAGGUACGACUUGUUCCUGGCAAACACGACAUCUCCUUUGUUGAAUUUGAAAGCGAAGCUCAGGCAGGCGUUGCCAAGGAUGCAUUACAAGGCUUCAGAAUUACAGCCACUUGCGCCAUGAAGAUAACUUAUUCUAAGAAGUAGUCCCCAAUGCUAGACGGGGGAAGUAAAGUUGUAGUCUUGUAUUGGAAUUGAAUUUUGUACUUUUUUUUAUUUUUGAUUGUACGGUCUACUUUUGAUUGUCAUCUUUUAUUUAGUAAGACAGAGCAAUAAAAUUACUUUGUGUAACUGUCA